AUGCUUUCUUCCUAUCUAAAAGUGCAACCCAUGCUUGAGCUAUCAACCAUGGGUGGGGAGGAGUGGAUACCUUUCGACGAUGAGAGGAUGGAUCAUGAGGUUGCUUACAUGGCAGGGGCGAUUGAAAAAGGCAGGGUAUUCCGCAAGACGGACUGGGGUGGAGGUGACAUGCGUGUGGACCUUUAUGUUCACGGCGGUGCUAAGAAGAAGAAGAGAAGGGUGAGUGAAAGGGUUGAUGCUGUGGAGUGUGACGGAGAGGGGCCUUCCAUGAAUCAGGGAGGAGAUGGUCAUUCGGGUGGCGAUUCGGAAAGGCCCGUAGAUAUUGUUGUGGCCCGUCUGAGUUUGGAGGUUGAGGCUUUGAAGAAGGAGAUUGUUUUGUUGAAGAAAACUGUUAGGUCACUUGUUAGGCGAGUUGGUCGCAGAAGGGGUGGGAAACGUGAUUCUGUGAGGAAACAGGGUGUAGCUUCUCAACAGGGUGGAGGUUCGCAACAGGGUGGAGGUUCCCAACAGGGUGAUGAUGGUGGUGAAGACCGUGGAGGUUCUCAACACGGUGGUGGAAGUCCUAACAACCAGGUUGACGGUGAUGGGUCGGAUGAGAUGCCUUUGAUUGGAGAGGAAGUAGUACCUCAGAAAAGCGGCGCUGAAGACAGUUUCUCGUCUGACGAGGCACCACGGUUGUUAGUUAGGAUGAAGCAAGGAGACGGGAUCCCUCUGCAGUGGGCGGAUGGUGGGCGGCCGGGUCCGGACGGUAAUAUUUUAUACGACGGCACGACUAGCAACACCUACUUCGUUGCUGAUAGUCAGGUAGGUUUAGGCGGGGGUGAUCUAUUGGGCGUGUUAGCCAAUGUUAACCCACUGAGUUACGUUGAUGGGCAGGAUAAUAGCUUCGUAGCCGAUGAUACAGGUGGCCACAGUCCCGGUAACGGUUUAACAGUUGAGGAUGCUGAGAGGUUGGACGUUGUGGUUCAGGGUUUCAUUGGGACGUCUGAAGCUACGGCAAGCAAGAGUGGACCUGAGAUGUUCGCAGCUGGUGGCAACACGUACGUGGAUUUCGGGGUAUUGCAGGAACAAACAUCGACUAAUGUAGUAGUCGGGGCGGAGGAUGCGGUGACGUCGCAUGAUAACCAGAGGGUCGAUAGUGAUCCCAUGACUCCUAAGGAGACCAGUGAUGGGGGAGAUGAUACGAGGGAGGCUGGAGCUGUCAAGGGUAGUGAGUCUGGACCUGUUGGGGAGCAGAGGGUCGUUAGUGAUGCCACGACUCCUAAGGAUACCAGUGAUGGGGGAGAUUAUACGAGGGAGUCUGGAGCUGUCGAGGGGAGUGAGUCUGGACCUGUUGGGGAGCAGAGGGUCGUUAGUGAUCCCAUGACUCCUAAGGAUACCAGUGAUGGGGGAGAUGGUACGAGGGAGAGGGUCGAUUGCGAUGCCAUGACUCCGAAGAAGACAAACGUUGGGGGGGAUGAGGAGAGCGUGUCUGCAGCUGUUGAUGAGAGUGUGGCUGGAACUGUUGGAGAUGAAGUUACUGUAAGCAGACCUGAUAGUUGCUUGCAAACCUGUGAAGCUAGCAAGAAGGACACGGUACAGGUUGGUUUGGAAGUUGGGCCUAGUGUGUUAAUAGAGCUGCGCAGACCGGGUGAGCAGGAAGCCCAUUUAGCUGCCUUGUUUCUAACGAAAGACCCUUAUGAAGUACCGGAAAUUGUCCCCACUGUGGAAGACUGUUAUUAUCCAGCCUUUAUAAAGGUUUUGGAGACGGCACAGGAAGCAGUUCAUGCAAAGGCAGGAGGCAAAGACGACCUGAAUAAUAAGUUUUUCAUUGAACUAGCAACGUCUCAGUAUAUGUUGUCUGAUAAG